GCCAAGAUGGCGGCCUCCUGUGUGUCCUGCGGCGCCGCAGUUUCCCACCGGCUGUUUCUUGGCGGGAGGGUUAGCCUGGCCCGGAGACGAGUCCUCUGGAAUGCCGCGGCCGCAGAGUUGCAAACAAUUUCCGGACCCCAGAUAUUAAGGCGAAGACAUACGGCAGUUGUAACAACAAAGAAAAAUGUUGCAGCCUUGAGACGUGAAACCUACACAGUGGAUUUCAUUAAAAAGCAGAUUGAGGAGUUCAACAUAGGAAAGAGACAUUUAGCCAACAUGAUGGGAGAAGACCCAGAAACUUUUACACAAGAGGAUAUUGAUAGAGCUAUUGCUUAUCUUUUCCCCAGUGGUUUGUUUGAGAAGCGAGCCAGACCAAUAAUGAAGCAUCCUGAACAGAUUUUUCCAAAACAGAAAGCAACCCAGUGGGGAGAAGAUGGCCGUCCAUUUCACUUUCUCUUUUACACUGGCAAACAGUCGUAUUAUUCAUUAAUGCAUGACGCGUAUGGAAAGCUGCUCGAUGUGCAAAAACAGAAAAACCAGUUGCAAGCCGAAGGUCUCUUUUCAGAAAAAGCUAAAACCAAAGACCUGAUUGGCAGCAGAUGGCUGAUUAAGGAGGAACUAGAAGAAAUGUUAGUGGAAAAACUGUCAGAUCAAGAUUAUGCACAGUUUGUUCGGCUGCUGGAGAGGUUAUUGACAUUGCAGUGUGGCGCUGCCGAAGAAGAAUUCGUGCAGCGCUUUCGCAGGAGUGUAACUGUUCAAUCAAAGAAACAGCUGAUUGAACCUUUGCAGUAUGACGAGAAAGGAAUGGCCUUCAGCACAAGCGAAGGUAAAAGAAAAAGUGCAAAAGCAGAGGCAGUCGUUUAUGAACAUGGAAGUGGAAGAAUAGAAGUCAAUGGAACCGAUUACCUGCUUUACUUCCCCGUGACACAGGACAGAGAGCAGUUGAUGUUCCCUUUUCACUUCCUGGACCGGCUUGGACAGCACGAUGUGACCUGCACCGUCUCAGGGGGCGGGAGGUCGGCGCAGGCUGGAGCCAUCCGCUUGGCAGUGGCCAGGGCGUUGUGCAGCUUCGUCACCGAGGAGGAGGUCGAGUGGAUGAGACAAGCCGGACUGCUCACCACGGACCCGCGCGUCAGAGAACGGAAGAAGCCGGGCCAGGAGGGAGCGCGCAGGAAGUUCACCUGGAAGAAGCGCUGAGCGCGGCCCGGCUGAAGAGGACACGCGCCGCACCCGCGUGGGCACACAGCAUACACGUCCUGGCCAGUGUCAGGGCCACUGUACACACUGUGUCCUUUUAAAAAUCAUUUUUAAAAAUUUUUCAGCCUGCUGCUUUUUAAAAAUAAACUUUUUCAGAAGAUGGCUUUAGAAGCAUAAAUGCAUGGAAUUAUGGCGUGCUAGACCUGAAGGGAACUCUGAGCAAAGCCCAGUCAAUAACCUUAUUUCGUAGACAAGAAUGCCCGCUCCGACAUUGAGUUUAAGCCACAUUGCCCGUUUGUGGUAGAGCUAGACUCGAACUCAGCUCUCCCGGUUCGGUUGUUCGCCCACAUGGCAUUGUUGCCAGUGUUCACACGACAGGAGCUUGUGCAGAAGCAGAGGGAUGGUGAGGGCCUCCGUCCGGAGCUCAGGGCGCUGGGGCUGAGCUGCAGGUAGCUGGUUAAGACAACCGGUCCUCAGCCUUCAGCUCUGGCACCAACCAUCCUCUGUUUCUGACUUUUUUUUUUUUACUUUCUACAUAUAAUUGCAACCAUGCAGUUUGUGUCUUUGUCUGGCUUAUGUCACUUGGCAUGAUACCCUCCAAGUUGGGUACAAACUUUCAGUUAUAAGGUGGGUUGAUUCUGAGAGUAACAUGCAGUGUGGUGACUGUGGGUGAUGGUACUAUAUGGAUCAUUGGAAUUCGUUAAGAGGGCACAUCUUCAAGUGUUUUCACACACACACACGGAAACUGCGUGUUCAUACAUGUGUCAAGUUGUGUUGGACACUCUCAAUAGAUUAUCAUUUUAUUUGUUGAUUAUGCUUCAGUAAGUCUGGACAAAAGAGACAGCGAGCCAUGCCACCAAGACGGAGUCGUGAGGACAGUGGUGGGCCGAGUGCCAGGAGGAGAUGGUGCUGGGUAAGGUGGCCGCAGGGGUCCUGUGCCUGUCACCAUGUGCCCUGGCCGCAGCCUCGUCUGCUGUCGGAGCAGGUCCUCCAGUGCCCUGGUGUGAAUGUGGUCGUGCGGUCACUCGUAGCUCCGGGAAAGCUGGGAACGUCAAAUGCUCCCAGAGUUUUCCAUGUGUGAUUGUUCUGGGCUUUGUCGUCAUUGCUCUCACAGAUGCCCACACGGGUCCAUCCCUGUGAUGUUAAAAACCACUAGCCUAAGGAGGUUUUUUUGCUUUUCUUUAAGGAAAUAAGUCUGGCCUUUGUGCGGCACAGUCCAGCAGGUGAAGCGGAGCGGGCGUGGCAGGCUCUGGCGGGAGGGCCUGCACCGUGGGCGCGGGCGUCACAGGCAUCGGUAGUGGUCUCUGUCUUAAGCUGGCAGGUGGGACGUGAGUGUCCCCUUUGUGAUACCUUCCAAAUGUGGCACGUGGGGUUUUAUUAUGAGCUGUCGUGUGAUAAAAGUAAAUAAAAGACCAUC